AAAUACCUUCAGUCCAUCAUUGCCCUGCUCCGACCCUGGAGAACAGCCGGAGAACCUCCUGCUUCUGGAAGAUGACACUUGAGAAAUCAGUGGCGGAUUCAGGAGGACUUCAGAGAAGGUGAAGAAAGAAGAAGAAGAAGGCAGGAAUGGAGCAGUGAGAACGAAAUUUAACUGGAGUCAUAAAGAAAGGAAGAAAAGAGGGAUUUGGUGAGAUUGAGCGCGGAGUUUGAGCGGGUGGAUUACACUCCAGAAGUCCAUGUUGGGUUCGCUCUGUCUCCAGGGGAAGACAUUUGAGAAGCGCGUUUUGGAGAGGACGCGCACACACGCACACGCGCACACACCGCCCCGCUUGCCGUCCACAGCGCAAAGGAUCGAUGCACAACUUGCCAGAAAUUUUUAAACACUGGAUCUUCUUUGAUUGAUGCUUUUAAUACUCCUACUAAUAAACACACCAGGUGUUUGUUUGUUUGUUUGUUUAUCAGCUUGAGUAUGCAGCAACUUUUCAUUCACACUCAUGACACGUUUCUCGGACACAGUGGAUAUUGAUUUGGAUUUACCUCCAUCCAGUGUGUUUACGGAUCUAGUCAUUUUUGGACUCUCUGACAGAUGACCCGCCCAUGCGCAAAGGUCCUUUCCCUUAGCCAUUCUUCAUCUCGGCUCCUUACGCUUCCAUAAAGGCGUAAGAGCGGCUCGGCAGCAUGCAACCCGCGGGCUUCCCCAUGGCCCUCGCGGUGCUUUUGACCUUGUUAACGGUGAUGGAUGUGAAGGCGAGCGGGGAGUACUGCCACGGCUGGCGGGAUCCGCAGGGCGCGUGGCGGGACGGCUUCCAGUGUCCUGAGCGCUACGACGCCGCCGAGGCGAUCAUCUGCUGCGGCAAGUGCGAGCUGCGUUACUGCUGCUCCAGCACUGAAGCCAGGCUCGACCAGGGCACCUGUGACAACGACAAACGGGGCAAAGAGGAGCCGGGUGCGGGCCAUGAGGAGGGCAAAAACUCCGGGGCAGUACCCAUCUAUGUGCCUUUCCUGAUUGUGGGGUCGGUCUUUGUGGCAUUCGUCUUGCUCGGCUCGGUGGUUGCUGUGUGCUGCUGUCGUUGCCUUCGACCCAAACAAGAACCUGCUUCCGGGGGUGGGCGUCUCCUAGAGUCCAUUCCUAUGAUGACCUCCAGGGGCUCCUCGUCCCGUCAGUCAAGCACAGCCACCUCGUCCAGCUCUUCAGCUCCACCCGCCGUAACUCGCCCUGUCCCUGUCCCUGCUCCCGCCCCCAUUUUGCGCACCCAGGCCUCAUGCUGCCUGCCGCCAGACGCCAGUGUCUACGUCAACAUGCCCACCAACUUCUCUGUGUUGAACUGCCAGCAGGCGACGCAGAUCAUGCCCCACCAGGGUCAGUUCCUGCAUCCUCAAUACAUCGGUUACGCUCACCCAGUCUCACCCACCCCGGCCUUCCUGGACCCUACUCAGGGUGCCUACAGGCCCCUGCAGUCUCCAUUUCCUCCACCCACUAGUGUGACGAGCGUGACAAGCGUGACUAGUGUGAGUGGAGAGCAGAAGCAGCCGUCCGUGACUAUAUGAGAGGCUCUCAGUACACAUGUGUCACACAAUGGAGGAGCAGAAGUAAAGUCACGAGGAUCAGUUCAGGGUCAGGCGCAGUGUUCUGUGCAUCAUGUGCGCUGCAGACAGUGUGAGCUGCGUUUGUGUUGAGAAGACAGCCAUCCAGUCUGUAUUCUCCUAUCAUUAGCACACAUCAUGGAGAAAGAAAGUGGACGCUGUGCAAAUGCUGUAUCCUUAGAUUGCCUGUUCUAUUUCAUAAAACGUUUUCACUCCAGGCAUCUCCACCUAAGGUGGUCUGUCCCCUCCAACCCGAGUUUCAGUUUCUUGCAGUACAGAUACAUAUUAGAUCCCAUUUAUUAGGUGGCUAUUGAAGCCACUACUCCAGCAGCGCCCACUUCCUGCAAGAAAGUGCCUAAUCAAUCCUCGACUUGCCUUCACUGUUAAUGAUUUUAAAUUUUUCAAAGAUAUGUUUCUUUUUUCUUAAAAUAAUUGAAGGUAUUUUUUUCCACAGAGAAUGCCUGAUUAAUUCUAAUAUAGUGUAAUAAAUUUUGGCUUAAGAAUUUAAAUAAUAAUAAUAAUAAAUCCUUCAAAUUUGUAACAGCUUACAUCUGACCUGUUUCUUGUACAGUUCUAAAACUGGAUAAGAGUGACUUAUUCCCCCCCAUAGAACCAGGUUACUUUACCUGAUUAGCUGAACUUGCCUAAAUAAAUAUUAUAGCAAGGUAUUUGUAGUAACAAAACAAUUGUACACAUACACAGUACUGUGCAAAAGUCUUAGGCCCCCUAUUUUUUUUCUUUUUCAUACAAACUUUGUUAUAGCUUUCUAUUUUAUGGCUUCUACAUUAUCGAGUCAGUACAAAAACAUUUUAGAGUCCAAAUAUUCAUUUUCCAGCACAAAAUUAAACGUUACAGAUAAAAAAAAAGUUUGUAUCUGAGCAGCAUAUUACAUAAGAGAGCACUUUUCAGAUUUAAUAAAUAAAUAAAUAAGGGCGGCACGGUGGUGUAGUGGUUAGCGCUUUCGCCUCACAGCAAGAAGGUCCGGGUUCGAGCCCCGUGGCCGGCGAGGGCCUUUCUGUGUGGAGUUUGCA